CUCACCUCCUCCUUCACUGGAAUCAGCAGAGAACAAAAUAGCCUUAAAGAAAAAAAUUCCACCAAAAAAAAUUUUGCAGAAGAAAAAGGGCAAGAACCCUAGCUCCUAAUCUGAUCAAAUGAGCAGUAUCAGUACCGCCAAUCUAUUACCAACCCCACCGCAGGAAGAUGCUUGGAUUGUUACAUACCAGAAGCUGCUUCCUCAUUGGCAAUCUGUUUCUCGGUCUCGGCAGCAUUCAACAAUACCAAUAUCAAUAUCUAGAGUUAAUCAGUUUGACGCUGCAAGGUUGGACAUUGAGAUGUCAGCCAUGUUAAAAGAACAGUUGGUUAAAGUCUUCUCAGUGAUAAAGCCAGGAAUGUUAUUUCAAUAUGAACCAGAACUUGAUGCUUUCCUUGAGUUUCUCAUUUGGAGGUUUUCGAUUUGGGUAGAUAAGCCUACUCCUGGAAUUGGUCUCAUGAAUCUCAGAUAUAGAGAUGAACGUGCUAUGGAAAUAAGAGGAAAAGUCAGAACGGGUUUGGAAGGGCCUGGACUAACUGUUGCUCAGAAGAUAUGGUAUUGCAUUGCCACUGUGGGUGGUCAAUAUAUUUGGGCUCGUUUACAAUCAUUCUCUGCUUUUCGUAGAUGGGGUGAUUCUGAACAGAGGCCAUUGGCAAGGCGAGCUUGGGGUUUGAUACAACGCAUUGAAGGACUUUACAGGAUUGCCUCAUUUGGCAACCUACUCAUAUUUCUUUAUACAGGAAGUUAUAGGAACCUCAUUGAAAGAGCUUUAAGAGCAAGGCUUGUAUAUGGGAGCCCUAACAUGAAUCGAGCUGUUAGCUUUGAGUACAUGAAUCGCCAGUUAGUGUGGAAUGAAUUCUCAGAGAUGCUAUUGUUGCUUCUCCCUCUUCUCAACUCACCAACCAUUAAAAAUUUGCUUCGUCCAUUUUCAAAGGAUAAAUCUUCAGGUUCUUCGGAGGAUGUCUCUUCUUGCCCUAUUUGCCAGGCGAGUCCAACAAUUCCAUACCUUGCCCUCCCUUGUCAGCACAGUUACGAUCUGUUUCCUGUCUGCAGGUAUUGUUACUACUGCCUUAGAACACGAUGUGCUGCAGCUCCAUCAUUCCGGUGUUCAAGAUGUAGCGAGCCAGUUGUUGCCAUGCAACGGCAAGGUGGUAUGAUUGAGUCAAAAACCCACACUCAAUAACUCAAAGAGGAGAAUGAACGAAGUAAAGCAUAUAUUGUAAAUUAAGAUAUCUGAAGGAAACGCCCAAAUGGCAAUCUAUGACCUACAACUUACAGGUAAAAAUUGGGAACUAAAUUUUUUUGUUUGAAAGCAUUUGCUCCCCAAUGGAGUUGAUCAUUCUUUGUCAUCUGUCACAUUUUUAACAGGCAUAUAUUUUAUUCAAACUCAUUAAAGCUAUUUUAGUUGAAUCCGCGUGUUUCUUGCGGUUUUGUUUUGUUAUUUAUAGUUGCUUUGUCCUGUUCGGUCUGUAGUAGGUGAAGGCAUAUAUAGUUUAAAGGAGUAAAGUUUCGUUGCAUCAAAUCUUCCCCAAAAGGAAUCCUGUAGUAAAAGCAAAAGUUCCCGGCGCUUGAAUAACACUAAUUUUCAUCUUGGAACAGUACUUUUCUAUGAUUUUUGUUUAUAGUUUUUAGCUUUGCUUGAGACGAAAGGAAAAUAGAAGGAAGAAAUAUUU